GCAGACGCCGUCUCCGUCCUGUUCCUUCCUCCCUUCCCGUUUCUCCCCGAGUCCCCCCGACAGCUCCCGUUUCUCCAGAACCGCGCCACCAGCUGCCGUAUCCCGCCGCGGGCGAGGGCGAAAUCCUUCCUGUUCCAGAGGACGGCCUUGCCCUGCAUGGAUCAGAGGAAGGCCAUCUUCCGCGCGAAGCUCCGCGAGACAAAGGAGAAGCAGCAGCGACGCAUCGACCCCUCCCUCGUCAGGUAUAAUGAAUUCGAUCAGCCCAUAUGCAGAGUCUGCAAUAUUACUUUAAAGUCUGAAGCACUUUGGCCUGCACACCAAGUGUCACGGAAGCAUCAUGAGGCAAAAGCUGCAGCAACUGCUAAGGCUGCAGCAGGUGCAGGAUCUCGAGGCAAUAAUACCAAGCAGGAACAACCAGUGGAGUCUCACAAGCAAAAAUCUACCACACUACCUACCAAUUUUUUUGAUAAUCAGGGAACAAAAAGGCGAAAUGAUGAUACUGGUCCUGAAGGAAGGUCUGUGCGCCGUGAAGUUUCUGUUAUUCAACCGAAGGCCAAAGAAGCAAGCACAGAUAAACCAUCUGUUAGGCCAGAUCAAAUGGCAAAGAAAGGGAGUCAUACCAGCACGAAUGCCAAAGGAAUCCUUCCAGGGAAUUUUUUCGACUAUGCAGAUGCAGAUGAAGAUGAAGCUCCACCUCCAGCCCCAGCUGCUAACGAACUUAGUACAUCUGGAGACAUCGCCAAUUCCAAUCACAUGCAGGUGAAAGGUAUCCCUGAUGGCUUCUUUGAUAACAACAAAACUGGCAAUGGCAUGCAAUCCAGUGAACCUGGUUCAUUGUCUAAAGAGGCAAAGAGUUCAGGAACUGCUCAAGUAAAGGCAUCAUUGCCUGAAGGUUUCUUUGAUAACAAAGAUGCUGAUCUCCGGGCACGUGGUAUCCAACCUCAAAAAGUUGACAUGAAUGAUGCAUACAAAGAAUUUGAGAAGGAAAUUCAAGAGGACCUGCAGGAAGUUGAUGAUCGCCUUGAAGAAGAGGAGAUUGAUGCUGCUGCUGAGAGGGAGGAGUACUUGACUCUAGAGCAACAGGAGUACAGGCAGCAAGUAGAUAUGUUGAAGAAACAACUCGUUGAGUCAAAAGCUGCCCGUACUGCUAAAGUAAAUAGCAAGCCUGUAGGUAUGGACACGGAGUCCAGCAGCGAUUCAUCAAGUGAUGAAGAGGAUGACAGCACAGAUUUUGCAGUUGACUGGAGAGCGCAGCAUUUAAAAUGAUGGAAAGAUUUUGUAACUGGCACCAACCUACCGUGGAAAUAGAGAACUUUAAGAACCCACCAUCAUCGAGAAUUGUAGCCCAGUACUUCAGUUUUUUUCUACAUGAAGAAUACUUUUGACUUCUACAUCUUUCCUUCCCUCCCUCAGUAGCACCAUGGGCAACUUUGUAUAGACCGGAGUUCCGACCACCAUGACUUGACUGCGAAUCGCAUGUGAUGACUGAUUGAACUUCUUUGUCUGAAGCAAAUUUUGUAGCAAAUUUUGAGCGAUGAUUAACUUGUUCCAAAAUGGACCGUACAUUGAAUA